AACUACAGUUUGAGGACAUUUAACCUUUUUCUUCAUGUAGAAUACCCAGACUGUUUGAACACUCCUUAUACAUCUGGUCGUAUUGCCUUGCUUGUGUUGUGUUUAUAGGUAAACCUACUAUCAGCUCAUUUAUUUGUAUAUUUUAUCCGUCUUUUCAAAAGGAUUUCCGAGGAUAUACCUUUUGAUACUGGGUGAUGAUUAAGGGUGAAAUGAAAAUCUGUGUAGUGGCAUGAUCCAAACCAGCGAUGACUGGGCAGAGCACCUGACCAGAAACCCUGUGGUUGACGGUACGAACCCUGCCACAGCCCAGAUUUUCACUUCACCUUCAAUCAUCAUCCAUUACCAACACUUGUCUGCCAAACCAGGGCUAUAGAAGAUAGUCAAAAUGAUUGACAGACAAAAUCAUAAUGGACCCUCGCAUACAAGUGAACCGGUUCAAGUUGUCACAGUUCGCAGUAGUAUACAAACAACAGGCGGACAGAAAAGAGUGAUAACAAAGUGAACAAAGUUGUUUGACAGAACACGUAAUCCGAAGAUAACGGAUAGUGAAAAUAUUCAAGUUUUAAAAGAUGUUUCAUCGAGAUCUAUCAUUACUUUUAAAGAGUCAAACAGAAUUAGUGGAGAAAAUGUUUAUAAUGAUAGGCCACUGGAGCUCACAUCUUCUGUGUUGCAUCAUCUCAUUGUUCUUUCACUUACUUUAUCGAGAUUAAUAGUUUUUAUUUCUAAACAGAAAGGACUUGUUGUCGUAACACCAUGAGGCACUAAACAGAGAUGUAUUAGAGGAAAUAUUUAUACGUUAUAGAAUCAUCAAACGAAGAAUGCUACAUUUAUAACUUCGAAUGAAAGUUAAUCAAUAACAUGGUGAAUCUUAAUCUAACCUUCUGACUGGGCGUUUGUUACGUAUGCCUAAGUUUCUUCAAGUGAUGCUAGUUAUCGUUGUUCAAGAAACUUAGGUAAAAUUAUCGAAAAUCAGUUCAUGAAUUAUGAACGUACAGAUUUGUACAUACUUGUUGUCCGCUUAGCUAUGUUCUUCUGAAAAUUGAUGUUUACGGUUCUGUAAGUAUGAUCUUAAGAGGCGGGACGUUAAACAUUUUUGUCAGGGUCUUUUGUUUCUAAUUCUACUUGUCUGCUUGUGUGAUUUCAUAUGAACAUGCAUAUAUUGAGGCAAAAAUCAGUAUUUCUUUUCCUUAAAAUCAGCCACUGCCCUCUUACAGACAUCAUGGUAUCGGUACCGAGGUUUUUAGUGUGCCAAGAAAUGGGUGCGCCUGAGUCACGUGAAGUGCUUCAAUUAACCAAGUAUGGAUAUGUCCAAGCACUGUAACUUCAGUAGUUAUGCCAGAUAUUGUUGAAACUGUCAAAAGACUUAGGAAUUUGGGUUUCUGUAUAGCGGUAAACAGUUCAGAUAACCGUGCUGCCUGUGAUAGUUUCUUAUCGGAUGCAAAUCUACGGGAUUAUAUAAAUAUUACGCUCUCCGCUGAAGAUGCUGGAUAUCAUCCAAAGCCUCUACCUCAUACUGUUCAUCAAAUUAUGGAAAAAACCGGGUGCAAACCUGAAGAAACAAUAGUUAUUGGUGAUACUCCAGCAGACUUACUUUCUGGUCGGUCGGCGAAAGUUGGUCUUACAAUUGGUCUUUUAUCCGGCUUCUCACUGGGAACUGAUUUAAUUAACUAUUCUAAUCUACUCCUGCCAAAUUUGGCUUAUCUUCCUGAUCUAUUUACUGAUAAUAAGUGGCUUGAACAAAAAUCAAUAUAAUAAUGGAAUCAGACUGGUAAUAAAUUCCCCAAGUGACAUUUGUUUUUUAUGAAGUACACUUACCUGUAUUUUGCUUCACAUUUCAGUAGAUUCUAUUUUUCCUUAUGAUUCUUUACUAAAACUAAAAAGAAUUAAUAAAAUAUAUUCUACUUUUGUAUCUCAAGAGUCUAAUUUGAAACAUUUUGUGACUAUAACUUUUGACUUACUUUUUAUCUGGUAUCAUCAUAUGUUUACAAGAAAGGUAAAUUACUUUUGAUAAUAUAUAAUGUUUAAAAA